AUGGAAGGCCAAAAGCUUCGUAUUCUCAUCGUUGGAGCCGGUAUAGGCGGUCUCACCGCCGCGUUGGCAUUGAGCCGCGAAGGCCACGAAGUCUUGGUGUUCGAGAAGUCAAAGUUCGCCGCGGGGAUCGGUGCAGCCAUUGGGCUAGCAGCAAACUGUACCUCUAUCCUGCGAAAGAUUGGUUUCGAGCCGGAGGAACACGGGUCCAGCAUCUGCAACCUGUGGACUAUGUACAAUUCGGCUGGCAAGUGCUUCGUCAAGCAGGAAAUUCCGUCCAAACUCGAAUCGGAGAGGUUUUACUUCAUCCACCGAGCGUAUCUCCACUCAGGUCUUAAACACCAAGUCCUGCAACAAGGAGAUACCGGCGGCGAGCUGGUUCAGCUGCACCUCAGUUGUGACAUUACAUUUCUAGAUAUCCAGAACGGCCAGCUGACGCUGUCCGACGGACGGAAGUAUCAUGGCGACGCGAUUAUCGGCGCUGAUGGUGUCCACCCAUUCACCCGGCAGUACAUCGAUGCUCACAAGAAGUAUGCCAAACUCGGUAUUUCCUUGACGGAAUGGAUGGAAAAUGAUCGCCGUAUCAUCUGCUAUCCUUGUGCCGAUGGCGAGAUGUUGAACCUAGUCGCCAUUGUACCGAGCAAAGAGGUGGAGGCGUCUGCCAUUGAAGCGAAAUCUCCCAAGGAGAAGAAGAAGGGGAUGCUGAAGUCGUUUGAGACUUUCGGUGAUGGAGCCAAAGCUGUUCUGGAACAGGCCCCCGAGGAAGACCUGAAGGUGUGGCCUUUGUUGGACAUGGAACCCCUCGAGAAAUGGUCUGAAGGUCGCCUCGCCCUCAUAGGCGAUGCUUGCCACCCCUUCACACCGUUUAUGGGUCAGGGCGCUGCAAUGGCAAUUGAAGAUGCUGUCACCCUCGCUAUUCUGCUACGGCGGGGCACUCUGGCAGAACAGGUCCCAGAGCGGCUCGAGUUGCUGCAGAUUACGCUCGCAGAAAUGGACAAGAUGCAAGCGACUCGCAAAGAGGCCAUCCCACUCCCAAUGAGUUUCGAGGAUGGACUGCUUAUGCCAAUCAACAUAAUGCGUGGGAGCACGCGGAACGGGUACUCCAACGAAGCCUGUCAGCUUGAUGGUCUGCAAGUAUCUGCUUUUACUCAAGAGCAAAUGAUAGAGCAGAUAGCCAAUCUGACGACAAGAAGACAGUUGUGUGCAAAGACCGUUUGGACGCUUGAUUGA